GUGGUGCGCAUGCGCUGUGCUUGUCUCCCCGGCAGCCAGGCGGGUCCCGGCCGGGCGGAGGCCGCGGGCAGAGCCGGGGGCUCGCGUAGAUGUGCAGCCCGGGGCGGGCGCCGCCUGGGCCGGCCCCGGCGGGGGACCUGCCGCCCGAGUGGGAGACGGACGACGAACGCAUGGCUUUUCUUUUCUCGGCCUUCAAGCAGAGCCGCGAGGUGAACAGCACAGAGUGGGACAGCAAAAUGGCCUUCUGGGUCGGGCUGGUGCUGGCCCGCGGCCGCCGCCGAGGCGCCGUGCGUACCUGCCUGCGAGACCUGCAACACGGCUUCGAGCGGCGCGGCAGCCUCCCGCUCGGCCUCGGUACCGUCCUCCGGGAGCUCCUCAGACGUGGCAAGCUGCAGAGGGAGUCAGACUUCAUGGCCAGUGUAGACAGCAGCUGGAUUUCCUGGGGUGUGGGAGUCUUCAUUCUGAAGCCCCUGAAGUGGACUCUCUCCAGUGUGCUGGGUGACAGUAAAAUACCUGAGGAAGAGGAAGUUCUGAUUUAUGUGGAGCUGCUUCAGGAGAAGGCAGAGGAAGUUUAUCGCCUGUAUCAGAACUCUGCGCUUUCUUCUCACCCUGUUGUUGCCCUCUCAGAGCUGCGUUCCCUCUGUGCCAGUGUUUGUCCGGAUGAAAGGACGUUCUAUUUGUUGCUGCUCCAGCUGCAAAAGGAAAAGAGGGUCACGAUCCUGGAACAGAAUGGAGAGAAGAUAGUGAAGUUUGCCCGAGGUCUUCAUGCCAAAGUCUCCCCAAUGAAUGAUGUGGACAUUGGAGUGUACCAAUUGAUGCAAAGCGAACAGCUGCUGUCACAGAAGGUGGAGUCCCUUUCCCAGGAAGCAGAGAAGUGUAAAGAGGAUGCCCGGAGUGCUUGUAGAGCUGGGAAAAAGCAAUUGGCGCUGAGAUGUUUGAAGUCCAAGCGAAGGACAGAAAGGCGCAUUGAAGAGCUUCAUUCCAAGCUGGAUGCAGUGCAGGGGAUCUUGGAUCGUAUAUACGCCUCCCAGACUGACCAGAUGGUAUUUAAUGCCUAUCAGGCUGGUGUGGGAGCUCUGAAACUGUCUAUGAAGGAUGUUACUGUGGAGAAGGCAGAGAACCUGGUGGAUCAGAUACAAGAGCUUUGUGAUACUCAAGAUGAAGUAGCCCAGACUCUGGCUGGAGUGGGGAUCAAUGGUCUAGCAGAGAUGGACACUGAGGAACUUGAGAAGGAGCUGGACAGUCUCCUCCAGGACUCGACUAAGGAGCCUGUAGAUCUGCCUCCUGUUCCCCAGAAGGUGCUGAAUCCACCCAUUUCUGAUGCUGAGCUUGAAGCUGAGUUGGAAAAGCUCUCCGUUUCUGAUGGAGAUUUGGCACAAAAGACUCCCUCUGCUUCCUCUGAACCCAAAACAGCUCUGGGACUGAAUCUCUAAAGACCCAACAGUAUCCUGUUGCUGCAGUUUGAGAAGUUGUCUAAAGGUUCCUUAACUAAUGACUAGAACUUCUAGGGAGAGGGGUAACGCUCCCCUGUUCUUCACGGAUAUCACUUUGCUCAGCAACAGGAUCUCCUGCCAUGACAAUCCACUCUGGAACUGGCCCCAGCUGGUGUUUGUCAUCUCUGUGCCAACAUCUGCACUGGUCUCAAUUUGACUUGUUAUCCCAAGUCACUCUGCAACAUCCAGUCUUCCCUUCUGGGAAUGCAAUUCACUAUUCUGCCCAGUGAAGAUAAACUCUUCAAUGUCCAUAACAGUGCUCUUUUUUGGGUUUUUUGGGUUUUUUUUUUUUCUUUGCUGUGGCUGAUGUUGAGAAUCUGAGUUGCAGCCGUAUUGCAGUUGCUCAACAUUUGGCUGUUUGUGUGGUUGUUUAAAACACUUGGCACAUACAAGUACUGUCCUUGACAUACAUUAUCUGCAACAAGCUUAAACACCUGUUGGUAGUUCUAUCCCUCCCUGUCUGUAUUUUGCACGGUCGUGGACAACUAGACACACUAAGUGUUAAAUUGUAGGAGAUUUUGUUGCUGCUCUAGGGGGCAGCAAUUGCAAGCACAAGACAAAAAAAAUUCCUCUUUCUGUAAUGACACUAAGGCCUUAAAAGGGAGACCUGCAAAAGAUUUUAAAUGAAGGAGUUUCUUACACUGCUUGUUGGGAUGAGGGCUUGCAGUGACUAUUAAUACGAUUUUCUGCUUGCUCUUACUUGAAAUUUGAGCUGUUUGCAAACAGGGGAAUAUACAAAAAUAGCAAAACUUGUUGGGAGCUGCAGUGUGAUCUGCUUGGAGCUCUCGUGUUGGGUGAUUAGGGGUGGGAGGAGAAGAGAUGCAUCAUUUCUCCCUUUGAGGACUGUUUCAUACAACAGCCUUGACUUUGCAUUCUGUCUUGAUGUUGCAAUCCCACAUGAUUAUGGGUUACCAGAAAGCCCCAAAACAAAACCCUGUGAACGUUUCUAAUGCAAAAAACCCCCUAAGCUGUCUUUACCCAUCAGAAGUGAAAUCACCGUCUUUUGCAGGUCCCUUUUUUAUUACGCUUAUACACGUGGAAGAGCAGAAAGCCUGAUACCUAACAUGAAUAAAUGAAUUCUUUCAGGAGGGGAAUGUGCUAUUAACUGGGCUUUCUGCACACAGAGCCUGCGCGUGGCAGGGCGGUGACUACGCUACAUGUUGAUGUGUAACCAGGCCUCCUGACUCGGAAUGUAUUCCUGUCACAGUUCAUUUCUACGCUGCCUCCUGUACCAAGCUCCCUUGCUCGAGCUGUGUGGAUGGCAGUUUGGGUGAGCGGUGAACUCGGGCUGGAGUUCUCAUGUCCUGUUAAUUACUGACGACCCAGCUUUUAGCCCUAGAGGACAGGAGAAGAAAUUAGAGGUGUCAUUAGGGUUCUGCAUUGGCUCUGGCUUGUCACUUUGUCCGAGAGCGCAGGCUCCUGCCAGAGAAGGUGUGCUGUAGCCGGCUAGCGGUUUACCCAGGCUGCACAUGGAAUUAUGUGAAAUGACUUGAAGCUCCGUAUUCCUUUCCUUUGUAAGUAAACGGGAGAAAAACCACUGUGUUUUCUGCCUAUGUGUAAUAAAGGGGAGGGGAGGAACCAGAGUCCCUUGUGGUGCCUCCUUUUCUUUUCUCUGUGCCACAGAUCACUGCCAUAUUAGUGCUGUUUCAGCUGUGCUUCUGCAUCUGUAAAACUUGUCUGCUGAAAUAAACAGGCAGAUUCCUGGGCUUCUUUGUCAACAAACAUUGAAUAACUGCUGUACCAUGCUUUGAUUUCCCUGAGUGUUUGUGUUUAAAAAAACCCAGCAGUUACUAUGUUUACCUUUAAAAAGUUGUCUGGUUUUUACCAAGAAGCCUGUAUUGGUUUUUGGAUUGUACAGCCUUAAUUUUAUGAAUAUCACUUUAGAAAGGUUUGCUUCUUUUCUUUGCUUCAGCUUGUCUUACCUUUCCACUUCCUUUUCAUUGUUGUGCAUCUCAAACGUGCAGUUUUGAGGCUCACACAGAAAUUUGGGUCCUCUGCCUAAGCCACCUCGCUGUGGCCGUGGAGGAAACUGCUAUGCCAGGAAGUCUGUUCUAAUUGACCUCUUGGUUUUUUAAUAAACAAUACGCAAGCCUUACUCUGA